CACUGCCUCUAAGAGGAAGUAUUCUGAGAGAGAGGAGGGGACCACUGCCUCUAAAAAGAGUCUGACUCAAGACACCAGUUCUAAGAGUGUCCAGAAGCCCAGAGCAGAGUCACCUACACCCAGCCGGGAACCUCUGAGACGUGGCAAAAUGUCUGAACAACAGAUGAAAAGCUCUGACUACCAGUUGGACUAUGAAAACGUUCAGGAUCCAGUUGAGACGAUGGAGGGGAUUGUCAGCCAGGGUGCUGUAAUGUUCACACACAACCCUCUGGGUAUGAGGAGUCAAACUCUUCUGACAGUCCAACAAGACAUUAAGGCUAAACUGAAACACAAGUAUCAACACAUAUCUGAAGGAAUUGGAAACCAAAGUCUGUUAAAGGACAUCUACACAGAGCUCUACAUCACAGAGGGUGGAAGUGGAGGGGUCAAUAAUGAACAUGAGGUGAGACAGAUAGAGAUGGCAUCCAAGAAACAAACCACACAAGAGACACCAAUCAAAUGCAACGACAUCUUCAACCCUUUACCUGGACAAGACAAACCUAUCAGAACUGUGCUGACAAAAGGAAUCGCUGGCAUUGGAAAAACAGUCUCUGUGCAGAAGGUCAUCCUUGACUGGGCAGAGGGAAAAGCAAAUCAGGACGUUCAUUUCAUGUUUCCUCUUCCUUUCCGUGAUCUGAACCUGAAAAAGGACCAAUACAGUCUGAUGCAACUUCUUUCCCACUACUUCUCAGAGCUGAAAGAGAUUGACAGCAUUGAAGAUGGUGAAACCAAAACUGUUUUCAUUUUUGAUGGUCUGGAUGAGUGUCGACUUCCUCUAGACUUCAAAAACAAUGAGAGGUGCUGUGAUGUCACGAAGCCAACCUCAGUGGACGUGCUGCUGACAAACCUCAUCAAGGGGAAUCUGCUUCGCUCUGCUCUCCUCUGGAUAACAUCACGGCCUGCAGCAGCCAAUCAGAUCCCUCCUGAGUGUGUUGACCAGGUGACAGAGGUACGAGGGUUCAAUGAUCCACAGAAGGAGGAGUACUUCAGGAAGAAAAUCACAGAUCAGAAUCUGGCCAAUGAAAUCAUCAAACACAUGAAGACAUCAAGGAGCCUCCACAUCAUGUGCCACAUGCCAGUCUUCUGUUGGAUAUCAGCCACUGUCCUUGAGAUGAUGCUGAAAGAGGCAGAGAAGGAUGAAGUCCCCAAAACUCAGACCCAGAUGUUCACACACUUCACGCUCAUCCAAAUCAUUGUGAAGAACAAGAAGUACAACAAAGCCACAGAGACAAACCCAAAGGAACUGUCUCAGUCAGACAAAGAGAUGAUCCUGAAACUGGCAGAGCUGGCUUUCCAACAGCUGCAGAAGGGCAACCUGAUCUUCUAUGAGGAGGACCUGAGAGAGUGUGGCCUUGAUGUCACAGAGGCAUCAGAGUACUCAGCAUUGUGUACAGAGAUCUUUAAAGAAGAAUCUGGGCUGUACCAAGAGAAGGUCUACAGCUUUGUGCAUCUGAGCAUGCAGGAGUUUCUAGCAGCAGUGCAUGCUUUAGAAUCAUGUCUGGACAAGAAGGAAAAUGUUUUUUCCACCACUAGUGAGGAUGAAGAUGAGGAGUCAAUCCAGUUGUCUGACUUACACAGGAGAGCAGUGGACCAGGCCUUGAAGAGUGAGAAUGGACACCUGGACCUGUUCCUUCGCUUCCUUCUGGGUCUCUCACUGGAGUCCAAUCAGAAUCUGUUACGAGGCCUUCUGACACAGACAGGAAGUACAACACAGAGCAAUGAGGAAACAGUUGAGAGAACAGUCAGGUACAUUUCAGACAAGAUCGAAAGGGAAUCCUCACCAGAAAGGAUCAUCAACUUGUUCCACUGUCUGAAUGAACUUGGUGCCAACUCUCUAGUUGAAGAAAUGCAAACCUCCCUGCGAUCAGGAACUCUUUCAGAAACAAGACUAAAACUUGACCAAUGUUCAGCCCUGGCCUACCUGUUACUGAUGUCAGAGGAGGUGCUGGAGGAGUUUGACCUGAAGACAUACACCACAUCAGAGACAGGUUAUCAGAGGUUGCUGCCGGUAGUGAAAACCUGCAAGAGAGCACUACUGGAUCGCUGUAAACUCACAUAUAAAUCCUGUGAGACUCUGGCCUCAACUCUGGCCUUCAUUAUCCACUUCUAG